GGUUGUUGCCGGAAACGAGGCCUAUCUGUGACUCCCGGAUGUGGAACGCCUAUGGAAGUGCGGCCUUAGCGCCUUCCUUGGUCGCUUUUGUCCGGAGGUUCCAGACGAUAUAGUGAGAUGGCGAGCGCAGGUGCACCUGCAGCCGCGGUCCCCACCGUAGUUCCGCCUUUGGAGCAGCUACGGUGCUUGGCGGUGGAGCUGCGGUUGCUCUUGCCUGGAUUGCGGGUUGGCGAAGCCCAAGAGACCACCAAGGAGUUUAAUCCUGAGACGUUUUGGAGGAAACUCAAUGAGGCAGCUGUGAACGUGGCAAGGGAAGCCACGACUCUGACAGAAGUCUUCUCUCGAGUUCCACUGCCCUCUCCACAGGAAACCAAGAGGUUCUGCGAACAAGUCCAUGCUGCCAUCAAGGCAAUCACUGCAGUAUACUAUUCACUUCCCAAGGAUCGGGGAAUCACCCUGAGAAAGCUGGUACGGAACGCCACUCUGGACAUCGUAGAUGGAAUGGCUCAACUUGUGGAUGUGCUUUUCAUUACUCCAGGUCAAAGCCCAGAUAACAGUGACCUUAUUUCCUACAACAGUGUCUGGACUGCAUGCCAGCAGGUGCCUCGGAUACCAAAAGAUAACAAAGCUGCAGCCCUUUCAAUGCUGACGAAGAGUGUGGAUCUUGUGAAGGAUGCACAUGAGGAAAUGGAACAGGCCGUGGAAGAAUGUGACCCAUACUGUGGCCUCUUAAAUGACACUGAGGACAACUCUGACAGCCAUAGUGAUGAAGAGGAUGAUAGGUUGGGGUGUCCAAACAAUCGGGACUUAUACUGGUCAGAGGAGGAUCAAGAGCUCAUAAUCCCAUGUCUUGCACUGGUGAGAGCAUCCAAAGCCUGCCUGAAGAAAAUCCGGAUCUCAGUGGCAGAGAAUGGGAAGAAAGAUCAGGUCGCCCAGCUGGAUGACAUUGUGGAUAUUUCUGAUGAGAUCAGCCCUAGUGUGGAUGAUUUGGCUCUGAGCAUAUAUCCACCCAUGUGCCACUUGACUGUGCGAAUCAAUUCUGCAAAACUUGUAUCUGUCUUAAAGAAGGCACUUGAAAUUACUAAAGCAAGUCAUGUGACCCCACAGCCAGAAGAUAGUUGGAUCCCUUUACUCAUUAAUGCUGUUGAUCAUUGCAUGAACAGAAUCAAGGAACUCACUCAGAGUGAACUUGAAUUGUGAGUUUUCAGGCUCCUUUGUACUCUCCUCUCUCCUUUCCUUACUAUCACAGGUAGCCUCUGAUGUCUGCUUUUAAAAUGAGGCUAGAAUGCUCUCCUGAUCAAAAGGGAGUUCCUGUCCAUGCUUGUCAAGAGACAUUGUUACCAAAGAUUGUUGGUUGGUUAUGCCAGAUUGGCAGUUAUUAUAACUAUAUGAGUAUGAUAUAUUUUUCUGUGCUACAUUCAAAAGGUAAUUGCAUGAGUUUUUGUUCCUGAAUCACCUUUCAGAGAUUUGUGUAGAAGCUGCCUUAUUCCCUAUUUGCAAUAAAGUAUGUCGUUUCAUUGUUAAACAUGUUGAUAAUCUUAAUAAAAUGGUGACCUGCCAGUAGUUCAGUAAGUAA